GCAGGAGAUAGAUUACAAUGGGGCUUUCCCGAUAAAGCAGCACACUAAACAAACACUAUCUUUCUACAACCAAACCUUCGUUUCAUUUCCCAAGAAAAAUAAAAAUAAAAAAACACAAGAAAGACUACAAUGGCGAAUGACCCUGAUGAUAUCUUUGCUUUUGUGAACCAAAUCCUGUUCCGUUCAUCUUCCCCACCUCAACAAACCGAACCUUGUUUCUCCAUGGCCGGGCCGUCCGGUGGUGGUUUCCCGUCUUCUAUGGGUCAUUUUGCGUCGGUUGAGAAUGAACCGGAUCAGUAUGAUUGUGAAAGUGAGGAGGGCAGUGAAGCUAUGCUGGAAGAAUUAUCAGCAGCAAAAUCAAGGGUACCUCGAAACACAAAGAGAAGCAGAGCAGCUGAAUUUCACAAUUUAUCUGAAAAGAGGAGGAGGAGCCGGAUCAAUGACAAGAUGAAGGCCCUACAGAAUCUAAUACCAAAUUCAAACAAGACUGACAAGGCUUCCAUGCUUGAUGAAGCCAUUGAAUACCUCAAGCAGCUACAGCUCCAGGUCCAGAUGUUGACAAUGAGAAAUGGAUUAAGCCGCUAUCCUAUGUGCCUUAAUGGAGUGCCACAGAACCAAUAUCCCACUGUCACAGUGGGCUCCUAUGGGAGAAACAGAUCUCCAAAUCCCAACAUGACUGGGCCAUUCCAUAUGAACCAUGAUGUUUCUCUAAAUGGUAUGCGCAGUGUAGCCAUCAAUGGUCCAAACCCAAAGCUCACAUCUGUGGCUACUUACUCCAAUGUUGUGAGCUCUGAAGCUACAAGCGACAUGGAGACAAUGCACCCUCACCUUCCACCCUCUCAGCAGCCCAUUUCUUUGAAGGAAAAUUGUAGGGCAGGGAUUCUAUUUUCAGAUGACAUGGAUGGCUGUCAUUCAAGAAACAUGUCAAUUGGAGAAGCUUCCACUUCAAUUCCUUUUGUACCGGAACUAUCUGGCUUGAGAAGUGGCACUUUCGAGUCCUACCAUCCAAGGAGAAACCAAUCAGAUGUUUAUCAUCCAACAAACAUGGACUGCACCACUCCACAACCCUAUAAGUAAGUGGUCCUCCGUUUUUACUGAGCCGAAGUUUGUCUAAUUGUUAACAUAGCUCUGUUCCAAACCAUCAUUUAUCAGCAUUGGGGAUGGAAGAAAUGUUUUUCUUUUCACCGAGGCAGAGAGAGCAAUGUCUGAAAUAUGAUGGUCUUGGCUUGUACUUCUCAUUACUGCAUGGGAUUGUCAUUUGUGUAAUAACAAAAAAUGUAUGAUUAGGGUUGAUUGUAAUGCACAGGCAAAACCUUCUGUAUAGUAUUAGUAAAGGGUACUUCUUUUCAUAUUUGUUUAAGGGUUAGUAACAUUAUUGAAGAGCAUUAAAACAGUACUCACUGGGACUUCAGUACGUUAGCAUUGUUGGACAUGGUGAGACACCAAAAAGAUCUUACAUCAUCUUAUGCAAGUUCAUAGCAGUGUUAUGAACUUGUGGCGUGCUGGUAGUGCAACCUGCGCCGUGUGUUUCACGCGUGUUUGAUUCCCAUUUUGGACAUAUUUUCUUUUUUUUGUACAAAAAAAAACAGUGUUACGAGACAUUCCAGGAAAUCACUGGGUGUUUUGUUUUGUAGUGAACAAAUCAAAUAGCCGUGUGUAUUCUGCAUAUCAUUUGAGAACUAUUGAAACAAU